AAUUUGUCUAGUCUUUAAAGUUUCAUGGUGGUUCUGGUAUUAGGGUUUUGGUUGAGCGAGCUUGCAUGCAUUAUUAAUCUGCAUGUAUUGAGUCCAUGCGUGAGGAAUUCAACUUUCUUCUUUAAUUAAUAUAUAAGCAAGCAUUAGCAAUUUGAUUCAGUGAAAGCUUUCGUACGUACGUACGUAGGUGUAUGCAUCGAUCAUCAUGUUUAUAAAAACAAGCACAAGUUCUACAAACAUUAAUCAUUUAUGUAUUCAUGUGUUCAUGUUGUGCAACUUUUGUUUGUAUUUUCAAACAAUUUAUCAAGUACCUGAUUUUUCCGGCAUGCAGCCGCGCGCAGAAGUGGGGAUUGUAACAGCUAGCUAGCAAGAACGUACGAGAGGGAGCUAGCAUAUAUAUAUAAAUUAAAGAGAAGCUUGAAAGGAUCAGUUUAAUUCAGUUUUUUUCUGGAUUUGAUUUGUUCAAGAAAUGAGUUGCUUUUCAUUUUGUUUUACAUCCCAUGAGAAUAAUGAGAAGAAAGUAUCUAAGAAGACCAGUGGCAGAAGGAAGGGAGACUCGCCUGCUGCUGAUCCUCCACACCCAGGGCCUGGAAACCAUAACCCGAAGGUCGCUCCAGUCGAGACCACCAACAAAAAGGAUUCCGAUAAAGAAGUUCAGAACAACAACAUUGCCGCCCAAACUUUCAAUUUCCGCCAAUUGGCUACGGCGACAAAGAAUUUCCGACAAGAAUGCCUAAUAGGUGAAGGUGGAUUUGGAAGAGUUUACAAGGGACAACUAGACAAAACUGGCCUGGUUGUGGCUGUGAAGCAACUUGACAGGAAUGGAUUGCAAGGAAACAGAGAGUUUCUUGUUGAGGUGUUGAUGUUGAGCCUCUUACACCAUGAAAAUCUAGUCAAUCUGAUCGGAUAUUGUGCCGAUGGAGAGCAGAGACUUCUGGUGUACGAGUACAUGCCAUUGGGAUCUCUGGAGGACCAUUUACUUGAUCUAGCACCAGAGAAAAAGCCAUUAGAUUGGUUCACAAGAAUGAAAAUAGCUUUACAAGCUGCCAAGGGCCUAGAAUAUUUACAUGAGAAGGCCAAUCCUCCUGUCAUAUAUCGAGAUCUAAAAUCCUCAAACAUUUUGCUGGACAACGAUUUCAAUGCCAAACUCUCUGAUUUCGGAUUGGCAAAGCUUGGUCCAGUCGGGGACAAGUCACACGUUUCUUCGAGAAUCAUGGGAACAUACGGAUAUUGUGCUCCCGAGUAUCAAAGAACAGGACAACUCACAGUGAAGUCGGAUGUGUACAGUUUUGGAGUUGUGUUUUUGGAGUUGAUUACUGGAAGGAGAGUCAUUGACACAACAAGAUGUACCGAGGAGCAAAAUCUGAUCACUUGGGCACAGCCUGUUUUCAAGGAUCCACAGAGAUUCCCAGAACUAGCUGAUCCGCUUCUUCACGGUGAAUUUCCUCUGAGAGCACUACACCAAGCGGUAGCAAUUGCAGCCAUGUGUCUGCAAGAGGAACAAGCUGUUCGUCCCUUGAUGACUGAUGUUGUCACUGCUCUCAGUUUCCUCGGCAACAGUCCGAGUGACGGCACCGUAUCUCACGGCGCCAGUCCUUCUCCACCACCGGAUCACAACAUGGCGAGCGGAAAUGGGAAUCUUCAUGAUGAAGAAAGUAUAAGGGAAAGACAAAAGGCUGUGGCAGAAGCCAUAGAAUGGGGUUCUACUUCCAGGCACAAUGCAUCACGUAGUGGAAGUGCUUCUUCAUUGUGAUUAAAAUCUAAAAUCUGCAUGGAAUAUUAUAUCCUUCAAAUCAUGAGGAUAAACUUUUCUUUGUAAGACGUUGGUCUUUAUGUAUGCAUGUUAUCAUGUGAGAGUUACUGCUUUAUCGGAUAUCUACCUGUUCUCUAUUCAGAAAAUAGAAAUCCACUUGAAAAUAUGUGGAAAUUAAGGAUAAACUUUCAAUAAAACUGUCAUAUUUUUUGUCGCAAUUGAUUAAAAAA